AUGCUGGUUUGCAGUCGUCUUAGCACAUCGGCAACAACGAACGAACAACUAGGCAUCUUUCUCUUCUUCGCGGGACAGCAUGCAUCGUGCGCUCAACUUCAACAGCGGUUCCAGCACUCACCUGACACGAUCACGCGGCAUUUACGGCACGUAGUAACGUGCAUGAACGCUUUGGCAGCGACGUACAUCCAAAUCUCUCCAAACGACAGCCAUAGGCCAUGGAAAUCCACAACAACACCAAGUUCUAUCCCUUCUGGGAGAAGUGUAGAAUGGCAGUGGAUGGAACUCACGUUCUUGUGUGGGCAUCACUUGUGGCUCCAUUCCAAGGACGAAAAGGAGUAUGGCCGAGGACAACAAGCACCACAAAGCAAACAAGAGCUUUUCAACUUACUACACGCAAUGCUUUGGAACGUGGUUGAGCGCAUAUUUGGCAUCCUCAAGCGGCGGUUCCCUGUGUUGGCCUACGCAGUGCGUGAGGAAGAUGACCUGGACCACGAGCUCCUGCACAUGCUUCGCACAAUUGAGCACCAGCGUUAUUCUGUCGUGCGGUCUUGUGGCCCAUUCACGCGUACACGGUUCCACCAUUUCUUGUACGAAAUCAAGGAGUCUCGUUUCCGCAAGCUGUUUCGGAUGGAGCGUCGCUCAUUUAACAGCAUAGUCGCUCUUAUUGAGCCACAGUCAGUGUUUGCGGUCGUGCGUGGCUAA